UAUGUGUGAGAGAAAGUGUGUGUGGGAGUGUGUUCGCCAGUGCUUUCUGCAGGGUAAAAGGACAACGAAGAAACAGUUUGGAUUUUUUCGAUUUGGUUUUAAAUKAAAUGUUUGGAAUGAACGCAGAUACGUGCGUUUCAUAUUGUAAUAUCACAUCGAUGGAUUCAUAUUAUAACACGUCUUCGCAACACGGCACGAAUCCCGUAAGGACAUUCCAAACGAGUGAAUCCAAAUACAGCCCAACAUUCCUACCAAGCAAAGGACAACAGGGUUACGGGAAGAAGUCUCGGAAUCCUUCACAACAACAGGAGUGCGCCGCCUCAGAGGAAAGCAACAAUUUAAACCACCUCUUCAUACAACCGCCAGGUUGCAAAACAUCCCCCGAAAGCAAAGGACACAACGGCGCGCCUAUCCCCUGCUAUGCUAAAGACAAUGGCGGGCUAACUGACUCUGAGCUGACCCUAAAAACGGACUCCCCUGUGAUAGAGGGUUCCRAUCUGAACCUGAAGGAACCAGGGUCAGGGGUCAAGGGUCAGGGUCAAUCCGACCGGUUUGGCCCUGGCUCGGACCACCUCUCCAGUCCCAUGGACAAGGGGAGCGAGGCUGCGGAAAGCAACAAGGGGAAGAAGAGGCGUAUCCGCACCACCUUCACCUCAUAUCAGUUGGAGGAGUUGGAGAAGGUGUUUCAGAAGACCCACUACCCUGACGUCUACGCCAGAGAACAGCUGGCGUUGAGGACCGUCCUGACAGAAGCACGAGUACAGGUYUGGUUCCAGAACCGGCGUGCCAAGUGGAGGAAGAGAGAAAGGUUUGGUCAGACGCAGCAAGUCAGAACUCACUUCUCUUCUGCAUACGAGCUCCCCCUGCUCACCAGGCCAGAGAACUACGUACAGAUCAAGAACCCAUCGUGGCUGGGCGGUGGCAGCAGUGCCUUUCCUGUCCCCGGCUGUGUGGUGCCCUUUGACGGAUCAGUCACCUCCUGCAUGCCCUCGCACCCCCAUGGAGGGGUCUCUGACUACCUAGGCGUGCCCAGCCUGGGAGGACGGGACCAUGGGGGUCACAUGGGACAGACGCACAUGGGGAGUUUCUUUGGGGCUGGAGGAAUAGGUGGUGGCCGAGGCCUCAACGGAUACGACCUGAACCGUGUCGAUCCAGACAGGAAGUCUUCUAGUAUCGCAGUGCUGCGUAUGAAGGCUAAGGAACACAGCGCAGCUAUCUCCUGGAACACAUGAUGCUAUGGGAUUGGUCCUGGGUCUAGGUCUGGACCGGAAGGUCACGCCCAAACUGAUCCAGAACACGCCUUAACCCUGACUACUAAGCCAGACAGCACCACAUCUGGACCCACCCACAGCCAGWGGGGAAGAGGAGGAGGUGGAGGAAGCCCAGGAAGGGACUAUGACUAAGCCACCUGAUAGCACGAAUGAUGCCAAAGCAGGUCAAAUGAAGAUAACGAGUCGAGCGGCCAUUCACAUCACAGCCAAGAUAACUUACAAUGUGACAAACAGAAUCAGCAGAUGCUGAGAGGUGUAGAGAUUAAUCUAGACAGAAGGAGUGGUGGUGCCACUCCUUGAUCUCUCAAGUCUCUGUACUCCCCCUUUUGUGUCUCCAUCUAUUGAACCCCCACCCACUGAGACAAAGCCACUUCAAACCCAGCUGUUUCCUCUGAGGACACAACAAUUACAAAAACAUUACAAACCUACUCUAAUAAGCAAUUUCUUCAUGAAUCAGCCCCAUUCAGGACUUCUCUUUCU